AUGAGUACUCCCAAUAUAAAUAUAAAUGUCAACAAUAACAACAAUAAUGUGGGUGCUGGUGGAAAGCCUACCCCAAAACGUCCUAUCAGGAGGGGUGGCAAACCGCCUCCUGAUAGGCCGCAAAGAGCUCUCUUCUGCCUUCCACUUAAAAAUCCAGUUAGAAAGCUAUGCAUUGAUGUGGUGGAAUGGAAACCAUUUGAAUACUUGAUACUUCUAACCAUUUUUGCUAACUGUGUAGCACUUGCUGUGUAUACUCCUUAUCCAUUUGGUGAUUCAAAUACCACUAAUGCAUAUUUGGAAAAAAUUGAAUACAUUUUUCUGGUGAUUUUUACUGCUGAAUGUAUCAUGAAAAUCAUAGCUUAUGGAUUUGUAGCUCACGCAGGUGCAUAUUUAAGAAAUGGCUGGAAUUUGCUCGAUUUUACUAUUGUUGUUAUUGGAAUGAUCAGUACAGUUUUACAAAAUAUAACUAAUGAAGGAUUUGAUGUUAAAGCAUUGAGAGCCUUUCGAGUUCUGCGGCCCUUGAGGCUUGUUUCUGGUGUACCAAGUUUGCAAGUGGUUCUCAAUUCCAUAUUGAGGGCAAUGGUACCUCUACUCCAUAUUGCCCUACUUGUUUUAUUUGUGAUAAUAAUAUAUGCAAUAAUAGGUUUAGAGUUGUUUUCUGGCUGUCUUCAUAAAACUUGCUUCAAUAAUGCUACAGAUGAAAUGAUGGAAGAUCCUCACCCUUGUGGUGAUACUGAAGACGCUGGUUUCCAAUGUCCCAAGGACAUGGUUUGUAAAGAAGGUUGGGAUGGGCCUAAUUUUGGAAUAACGAAUUUUGAUAACUUUGGAUUAGCUAUGCUGACUGUUUUUCAAUGUAUUACAUUAGAAGGCUGGACAGAUGUUCUUUAUAAUAUUGAAGAUUCAUUAGGCAAUUCUUGGCAAUGGAUGUAUUUCAUAUCAAUGGUUAUACUUGGUGCUUUUUUUGUUAUGAAUCUAAUUCUUGGUGUCUUGAGCGGAGAAUUUUCCAAAGAAAGAGAAAAGGCUAAAGCACGAGGAGACUUUCAUAAAUUGAGAGAAAAACAACAACUAGAGGAAGAUUUAAGAGGUUACCUUGAUUGGAUCACCCAAGCUGAAGACAUUGAACCUGAAGGAGAAGAUAGAAAACAUUCUGAAUCAAAAAACAAAAACAGGGAAACAGAAUCUGCUGAUAGACUUGAAGGUGAUGAUGGAGAAAAGCAAGAUACUUGGUUUGUACAAAAGAAGAAAAAUUUUGACAGAAUUAAUCGCCGUAUGCGUAAAGCAUGUCGGAAAGCAGUAAAAUCUCAAGCAUUUUAUUGGUUGAUUAUCAUACUUGUAUUUCUUAAUACAGGUGUUCUUGCAACUGAACAUUAUCAUCAGCCUCAAUGGUUAGACAAAUUUCAAGAAAUAACAAAUAUAUUCUUCAUAGCUCUGUUUACGAUGGAAAUGUUCCUCAAAAUGUAUAGUCUCGGCUUUCAGGGUUACUUUGUAUCAUUGUUCAAUAGAUUUGAUUGUUUUGUUGUGGUUGGAAGUAUUGGAGAAAUGGUAUUAAGAAGAACUGAUGUUAUGCCUCCAUUAGGUGUAUCUGUUUUACGUUGUGUUCGUCUUUUACGAGUGUUUAAAGUCACAAAAUAUUGGAGAUCAUUAUCAAAUCUUGUUGCCUCUUUACUGAAUUCAAUACAAUCUAUUGCAUCAUUGCUGCUAUUAUUGUUCCUCUUUAUAGUUAUAUUUGCUCUAUUGGGUAUGCAAGUUUUUGGAGGGAGAUUUAAUUUUGGUAAUACUAAAGAUAAACCCCGUAGCAAUUUUGAUUGCUUUUGGCAAAGUUUACUUACUGUAUUUCAGAUUUUGACUGGUGAAGACUGGAAUACUGUAAUGUAUGAUGGAAUUCAAGCCUAUGGUGGUGUUUCAUCGAUAGGAAUUUUGGCAUGCAUUUACUUCAUUAUACUUUUCAUCUGUGGUAACUAUAUUCUGCUAAAUGUUUUCUUGGCCAUUGCUGUUGAUAAUUUGGCAGAUGCAGAAUCUUUAACUGCUAUAGAAAAAGAAGAAGAUGAAGAGGCUGAGAAGCAGCGUAAAUCACAGAGUCCUUCAUUAGGUGGCCAUAAUUGGGAAGAUGAAAAACAGGAAGGAAGUUUUGAGGAUGAAGGCAUUGACGAUGAAGAAGCUAAUUCAGGCGAUGAACCUAAUGAUGGAUCAAUGAGAGAUGAUGGGUCAGGAACAAAAGUGAGACUGGAUGAUAGUGAGGAUUAUGAUGAAGAAAAUGACCAGCAGGACUAUGAAGAAGAAGGUAUCAGAGCAAGGCCCAGAAGACUAUCAGAAUUCAAUAUUGCUACCAAGCAACAGCCGAUUCCUGAUGCAUCUUCCUUCUUUCUAUUUUCUAGCACAAACAGGUUUCGAGUUUUUUGUCAUUGGUUUUGUAAUCACUCUCAUUUUGGGAAUGUCAUUCUUGUAUGCAUCAUGGUAUCAUCGGCACUAUUAGCAGCUGAAGAUCCUAUUGACUCAAACUCGCCUAGAAAUAAGGUUCUUGGCUAUUUUGACCAAUUUUUUACUACAGUUUUCACAAUAGAAAUUUGUCUUAAGAUGAUUUCCUAUGGAUUUGUACUACAUGAUGGAGCAUUCUGCCGCUCUGCUUUCAAUUUAUUGGAUCUGUUAGUGGUCUGUGUUUCAUUGGUUUCUAUGUUUUUCAGCUCAGGUGCAAUAUCAGUAGUGAAAAUCCUAAGGGUCCUAAGGGUUUUAAGGCCUCUCCGUGCAAUCAAUAGAGCAAAAGGUUUGAAGCAUGUAGUGCAGUGUGUGAUAGUCGCAGUAAAAACUAUUGGAAACAUUGUGCUGGUAACGUGCCUCCUAGAGUUCAUGUUUGCGGUCAUAGGAGUACAAUUAUUCAAGGGAAAAUUCAUGAGGUGUACUGAUGGUUCAAAAAUGACAAAAGAUGAGUGCAGAGGAACAUUUAUUGUAUUUGAAAAUGGAGAUUUUACUAAACCCAGUGUGAUGGAAAGAACAUGGGAAAAUAAUAGAUUUCAUUUUGACAAUGUUGCAGAAGCAAUGCUGACUUUGUUUACUGUUUCCACAUUUGAAGGUUGGCCAGGUUUAUUGUAUGUGUCAAUUGAUUCCAAUGCUGAAGAUCGUGGACCUAUUCAUAAUUUUAGACCAAUAGUUGCUGCAUAUUACAUAAUAUAUAUCAUAAUCAUAGCCUUUUUUAUGGUUAAUAUAUUUGUAGGUUUUGUUAUUGUUACAUUCCAAAAUGAAGGUGAACAAGAAUAUAAAAAUUGUGAACUUGACAAAAAUCAAAGAAAUUGUAUAGAGUUUGCAUUAAAGGCGAAACCAGUCAGAAGAUACAUUCCAAAACAUAGAUUUCAGUACAAAGUUUGGUGGUUUGUUACUUCGCAGCCUUUUGAAUAUACAAUAUUUACUUUGAUUAUGAUAAAUACAGUAACUCUUGCUGUGAAAUUCCACCAACAACCUGAAAUGUACACAAAAGUGCUUGAUGUUUUAAACAUUGUAUUUAGUGUGGUUUUCGCAAUGGAAUUCCUAUUUAAACUUGCUGCAUUUAGAUUUAAGAAUUACUUUGGAGACGCGUGGAAUGUAUUUGAUUUUAUAAUUGUACUUGGAAGUUUUAUUGACAUAAUUUAUUCAGAAUUGAAUCCAGGAUCCAGUUUAAUAUCAAUUAACUUUUUUCGAUUGUUUCGUGUCAUGAGAUUAGUUAAACUUUUAAGCAGAGGUGAAGGUAUUAGAACACUUUUAUGGACUUUUAUUAAAUCUUUUCAAGCAUUGCCAUAUGUAGCACUUCUCAUUGUGAUGCUUUUCUUCAUUUAUGCCGUGAUUGGUAUGCAAGUAUUUGGCAAAAUUGCAUUGGAUUCAGGUACUGCUAUCCACAGGAACAAUAAUUUUCAAACAUUUCCUCAAGCAGUUCUAGUUCUAUUUCGUUCAGCUACAGGUGAAGCUUGGCAAGAUAUUAUGCUUGAUUCAUCUGCAAGACCUGGAGAAGUACUGUGUGAUGAACGUUCUGGAGACACAUCAUCAACUUGUGGUUCUAAUAUAGCAUUCCCAUAUUUCAUUUCAUUUUAUGUUCUUUGUUCAUUUUUGAUUAUAAACUUGUUUGUUGCUGUUAUAAUGGAUAAUUUUGAUUACUUAACAAGGGAUUGGUCUAUUCUUGGUCCUCACCACUUAGAUGAGUUUAUUAGACUAUGGAGUGAAUAUGAUCCUGAUGCUAAAGGAAGAAUCAAACAUUUAGAUGUUGUAACAUUAUUAAGAAAAAUUUCACCGCCCCUUGGCUUUGGAAAAUUAUGUCCACAUCGUGUAGCUUGUAAAAGACUUGUAUCAAUGAACAUGCCACUGAAUAGUGAUGGUACAGUUAUGUUCAAUGCAACUCUAUUUGCUGUUGUUCGAACAUCCCUUAGGAUUAAAACAGAAGGAAAUAUUGAUGAUGCUAAUGCCGAGCUUAGGGCAGUUAUAAAGAAAAUAUGGAAACGAACAAGCCCAAAAUUAUUGGAUCAAGUGGUUCCACCACCUGGAGUUGAUGAUGAAGUCACUGUAGGAAAGUUCUAUGCCACUUUUCUUAUCCAAGAUUAUUUUAGGAGGUUUAAAAAAAGGAAAGAGCAGGAAUUAAGGGAUGGUGAUAAAGAAUCACAUAACACAGUAACAUUGCAGGCUGGCUUGAGGACGUUACAUGAUGCAGGACCAGAAUUGAAAAGAGCUAUAUCUGGUAACUUGGAAGAGCUUGCUGAUGAUAAUCCUGAACCAAUGCACAGGCGAAACCAUUCACUAUUUGGAAGUGUGUGGUCUUCAAUGCGCCGCAGACAUGGUAGUAUAAACAGAGCCAGAUCUCUAAAGUCUACUCCUGCCAAUACAAAGAUGAAUCACUUGGAUUUACCCGGGAGAAAUCUUAGAAAGGUGUCGCCCACCAACUCUGUGGAUUACCUUCCAAUAACAUCUUUCCAGAAGACAGUUACUGAAGGAAUGAAUAAUAUAACCAAUCUUACAAGGAACACACUUAUUCCUCAAUUUUCAAGUGUGUUGUCCCAUCCAGACACGAAUAGUCAUAAAUAUGAAGAUGGUAUUCCUCUAAGACCUUUAACUGUUUCAAACGGUGACACUGAAAGAACUUAUCGCCCCUACCAAACAGGAGACAAAAAUUCAAUAAAUUAUCUGCAACUUCCAGUUGCUUAUGGUACUAAAGGUGGAGGAUCCAAUGGAAGUAUAGCCACGGAAAGAUUGUCUUAUUCCUUACCUGGUAGUCCUGCAGAUAGAAGGCCAAAUUUUCCUGAAGUAAUUGGUUCUGCUGAAAGCCUUGUUGGAAGGGUAUUAGCUGAGCAAGGUCUAGGAAAAUACUGUGAUCCUGAAUUUGUGAGAUGUGCAUCUCGAGAAAUGCAAGAGGCCUUGGAUAUGACCCAAGAAGAAAUGGAUAGAGCUGCACACAGGAUCCUCCUGCAAGAGCGCCAAGGUCGACCUUUGUCUUUCCAAAACACUGACAAAAUUCAAACUACACCGAAAAUAUAGCAGAGUGUUGCUGUACUUUGUAUUCAAGUGCCUAAAGUACUUUUGGUCCAAUUUUAAUACAUUUUAUACCAUUAUAGUGCAGGGUACCUUCCUAUUUAUUUCUGCACUGAAAUGUCAAACAUUCAGUGGAUUGUUUCUUCAGAAUUGAAAAGGUUGUGUUUUAAAAGAUCUGCGUCCAAUAUAAUAUGUAUUGGUAAAUUAUAAUAGCUGUUUUUAAAAUUCAUGUGAAUAAACUCUUUUUUGAAUAUGACAUUUGUACUUAAUAUAUUAACAAAAAAUAAAAGUAAAAUGUGAUACAUAUCUUAUUUUAUAAACUGUUUUAAUACAUUUACAAUUAUCAAUUUUUUUAAAGUGAAUUGUGUAAAUUUGUUAAUAUAUAAGAAAUAUCUUAAUUGUGUUAAGUUUAUAUUAUAUAUACCAUUCAAGACUUUGUACAUUGAAAAUAAAUUUGUAUUAAAGAAAAUAAGUGCAUUUGAAAAAUUAGAAUAUGUAUGGUUGGGAAUGCUCACAACUGUGUUAUUGUUAAUUUAGCAAACGCCUAGAGGAAUUGUUCAUUUCUUACAAGUGUUCACUAAAGAAGAAAAGAAAUCUUGAAAGAUUUUGAUAUUGUUAGCUCAAUACUACCAAGACUAGUAAAAUGUAAACUAUAAGUUAACUAUAUAUUAAUAACCCAAAUCAAAAUCAUAUAGAUAUAUUAUAGUUACAUAUUUACUUGAAAUGGUAUGAAUGAUUGUGUCUUUUUAUAUAGGAGAGGUAUUUUACAACUUCAUAAUGAGCUUGUAUAAUUGUUACUGUUAUAAAUUUUGUAUUUCAAUGUAAGAAUGGUUUUGUAAUAAGUGAAUGUACUAGAGAAAAUGGGUUACUAUAUUGAAUAUAUAUUUAUUGUAUAUAUUUUGUAUAAAUAUAUUAUCAUUGGCAAUGAAAGUUCAUCAAAAA